AUGUCCCAAGUCUAUUUUGAUGUCGAAGCUGAUGGUCAACCAAUUGGCCGUGUCGUUUUCAAGUUGUACAACGACAUAGUCCCAAAGACUGCUGAAAACUUCAGAGCACUAUGUACUGGUGAAAAGGGAUUCGGCUACGCUGGCUCUCCAUUCCACAGAGUCAUUCCAGACUUCAUGUUGCAAGGUGGUGACUUCACUGCUGGUAACGGUACCGGCGGUAAGUCUAUUUACGGUGGCAAGUUCCCAGACGAAAACUUCAAGAAGCACCACGACAGACCAGGUUUGUUGUCCAUGGCCAAUGCUGGUCCAAACACCAACGGUUCUCAAUUUUUCAUCACCACCGUUCCAUGCCCAUGGUUGGACGGCAAGCACGUUGUUUUUGGUGAAGUUGUUGACGGAUACGAUAUCGUUAAGAAGGUUGAAUCCUUGGGUUCUCCUUCCGGUGCCACUAAAGCUAGAAUCGUUGUUGCCAAGUCCGGCGAAUUAUAA